AUGGCCACUUCAGCGUUUACCUAUGCAGUCUCUAAGAAUUUAAACUCUGAAGCUGCUUCUCCACCAAAGCAGAAAAGAAGGAGACUUGUUGCAGCUUAUGAUUAUGAAGAUCUGGAAGCCCCUCCUGCAACAAACUCUGAACCUACUCAGGCUAGCCCAAAGUCAAAAACAGUAAGAUUUAAAGCAAGGGCAAACAAGCCUAAGAGGGCAAAGGAACAAGCUACAGCUGAAGCUGAGACAACAGUGUGUGAUUCUCACAUUCCAAUAUCUGAUCAUGGACCCUCCACUCCAAUUCCUCAUUCUCCAUUGAAAUUUCCUGAGGGUGCCAUUAUUCAUGAUACAGCUCCAGAAAACUACAAGUCAGCUGCUGUAAUUGAAGAAUCUGACAAGGUAGCAUUGGAAGCAUUGCAGUCCCUUGCUAAGGCUGGUGAAGAGCCUAGCAACUCAAAAUCUGAAGAUCAAGAAAAAUAUGUUCCAGAUGUUGUUAAAAAUGCUGUUGAUCCUGCAUCUGAUGAUGAUGAGGAUGAUGAAAGUGAAGAUGAUGACAAUGAGGAUGAAGUCCCCAUAGUUUACCAAUCAAAAAGGUAUACUCUGAAGAUGAAUAUACAAGCAAAGGCAAAAGCAUAG